AUGGUAAAAAAUAGUGAGGAUGAUUGUCGGCUUCGUAUUGAUCCUGUCCUUGUUGAUAAGUUCCGACGACUCCAGGGCGGCAUCAAUGAGGUCGGAACGAAAAUAGUCCGUGAUUUCGGUCUGAGAUAUCAGUAUGACAAAAAUAGAGGAACUCUUGAACUUAUCGGUCCGGAUACAGAAAUAUUAGGACUGGCUGUCGAGACUUUGAGAUUCUGGGUCGAAGAUGACGAGUUUCCUGACACUGGUAUCACGUGUCAAGUCGGUUAUCCAAAUAGAAAUAAUGUUAUAUGGCGUUUCCAUGGAGAUUAUGCGAAGAAAUUUGAUCAUCUGUUUGCUGAAGACAUAGCUAAGCUGAAAUUAGUUACAUCUUUUAAUAUCAAAGCAGUUCCAACAAAGCGAAAUCCGGAAUAUGUUGAACUGUACUGUCAUUUCUCGGUGUACCACCAGGUGAAAAGUGAGGUGAAGAGAAUUACAAAAGAGAUCAGUAGAAUAUUUCAGAAUGAUUUUUUCAUUCCAAAAUCAGACUUCCUAAAGGCAAGAGACUUUGCAAGGUCUAAGAUAAGUGACGAUAAAGUUCUGUACGCCUUGAAGGAAUAUCCGGAUAAUAAAGUUCGGGUAUGGUUGUUUGCUAGAGACCAGAUGGAUGUCAUUCGGGCAAAGAAAGAGUGGGUACUUCAUGUCGGAAUCAUUGCCAGAGAAAAUGAAUUCACUGAAACUGUAAAGAGCUCUAACUCCAUAAAAUCGGCUUCCUUUUAUGGACAUCCGGCGUCGGAAAUAGCAAGUGAAAUGUCAGGCCCAACUAAACGACGUGAUAAAUCUAUAGAAGAGGCAGAGCAGGAACCUAAACCAAAACAAAUGGUACAAACAACGCUUAAUUUAAGCAGCUCUAGAUCAAAACUGAAGAGUCAAACAAGAUCAUCCAACAUUAGCAUUAGCUCUCAGGGACCACGCGUUGAUAAUUCAAAUUUUCCUAGACCACCAAACUUUGUUUAUCCUAUAAACAAAGAACCAUUAGAAGGUAGCAAUGUCAGUAACGCAGAUGACAUUGAAGAAAGACCAUCCAACCCAUUCGUAGCAAACGCGGAGUUACUUGAUGGCUUCAAUGGAGAUGGAAUACUAGACUCGUCUAAUCCAGCGUUAGGAGAGGCAAAGUGGGUAAAAGAGGACGAAACAAAUCUAUACCCUGCAAGAAACCUUGCUCGUCCUGUACAAAACAGAAUUUAUGUUCAUCAUCAAGUUAACGAUCCACAGUUUCAAAAUCCACAUCCACAAAGUACAAAUUCAGAAAAUUCCACUGCGCCUGAGCAAAUUGGUAAACUGGUCGUUCAUCCAGAAAUGAACUUGGUAGAAAAUGAGAGAUAUAAUCCUACGCAUCAUUCGAAAUCAGUUUUAACAAGUGUGACAGAUCCACGUCAAGCGCCUGCUAUAAAACGGGGAAACAAAGGAGUGCGUCCUGGGGAGAGAGCAACAAAGAAAACGACUAAAGUUAAUGCAACAACACGUCAGAAACGCCCAGUUUUAAAGGCAAAGAAACCACCACCAACCAUACGGUACAACAUAAAUGUGAAUGGUUUGGAUAUUUACAUGUACAAACAUGACAUUUCAAAACUUUCAAACAUGGAUGCAUUGGUCAAUGUAGUUGCACCAAGUUUAAAAGAAGGAGAUCACAUUGCAAGAACUCUAUUCGCGGAAGCGGGAAAGAAGAUUCAGGAUGAACUAGAUAUUCACUUGCGAUUACACGGGGAAGAAAAUAUGGGUGAAAAUGUUGUAACCUCAGCUGGUAAACUUCCGGCUUUAGGUAUGAUUCACGUGGUUUCCCCAAUUUGGCAGAAGUACACAGUUUGGGAAGAUUGUGCCAGUGACCUGCAUAAAGCGCUCUAUGAUACACUCAAGACUGCAGAGACACACAAAUACAGAAGAAUAGGAAUUCCUACAAUAGGAUCAGAACCGUUUUUCGGAAUACCUAAAGACCUGGUAGCUGAGGUAUAUGUAAAGGCACUAAUAGACUACAGUAUGGGUAUGGGCCCAAUGUACCCAGUACUAGAGAUACACCUUGUGGAUAAUGAUCCCAACAUGCUCACCUAUAUCAAGGAUGCUUACGAGAGUUGGGCUUCUACCCCCGGCGUGGCCGAUAUGACUCAUCAUAUAAUCAAAGGUAAAUAAUGGAGUUUUAUGACCUAUAGAGAUAUAAAUUAUGACUCAAAAAUGUUUUA